AGGGAGCCUUUGCUGAGCGCCCCUGCGCCACCGAACAGCAUCAACUUUUGCAGCCUCGCGCAAUUGAUCCCGCAGCUGACGCGCCGCACCAGCGCUAGAACCCAUAGCCAUGUCUGCCCCAAGGGAAGUGGCCAUCGGCAUCGAUCUGGGCACCACGUACUCGUGCGUGGGCGUGUUCCAGCGGGGCCAGGUGGAAAUCCUUGCCAACGACCAGGGCAACCGUACCACACCCAGCUACGUAGCUUUUACCGACACCGAGCGUCUGGUGGGCGACGCUGCCAAGAGUCAGGCGGCUCUGAACCCGCACAACACAGUGUUCGAUGCCAAACGGCUAAUAGGCCGCAAGUUCACGGACGUGGCGGUGCAGUCGGACAUGAAGCACUGGCCUUUCCCAGUGGUGAACGAGGGAGGCAAGCCCAAGGUGCGCGUGUCCUACCGCGGGGAGGACAAGAUGUUCUACCCCGAGGAGAUCUCGUCCAUGGUGCUCAGCAAGAUGAAGGAGACAGCCGAGGCCUACCUGGGUCAGCCCGUGAAGCACGCUGUGAUCACGGUGCCUGCCUACUUCAACGACUCGCAGCGUCAGGCCACCAAGGACGCAGGUGCCAUUGCGGGGCUCAACGUGCUUAGGAUCAUCAACGAGCCCACGGCGGCCGCCAUCGCCUAUGGGCUGGACCGGCGGGGUGAGGGAGAGCGCAACGUGCUCAUUUUUGACCUGGGUGGGGGCACCUUCGACGUGUCAGUUCUCACUAUCGACGCCGGUGUCUUUGAGGUGAAGGCCACGGCUGGAGACACUCACCUGGGCGGAGAGGACUUCGACAACCGGCUGGUGACCUACUUCAUGGAGGCGUUCCAGCGGAAGCAUCAUAAGGAUGUGAGUGGAAACAAGAGGGCCCUCCGCCGGUUGCGCACCGCCUGUGAGCGCGCCAAGCGCACCCUGUCCUCCAGCACCCAGGCCACCUUGGAGAUCGACUCCCUGUUCGAGGGCGUGGACUUCUACACGUCCAUCACUCGUGCUCGCUUUGAGGAGCUAUGCUCAGACCUCUUCCGCAGCACCCUAGAGCCGGUGGAGAAGGCGUUGCGGGAUGCCAAGCUGGACAAGGCCCAGAUUCAGGACGUCAUCCUGGUGGGUGGUUCCACCCGCAUCCCUAAGGUACAGAAGCUGCUGCAGGACUUCUUCAACGGCAGGGAACUGAACAAGAGCAUCAACCCCGAUGAGGCUGUGGCCUAUGGGGCUGCUGUGCAGGCGGCCGUGUUGAUGGGGGAUAAGUGUGAGAAAGUGCAGGAUCUCCUGCUGCUGGAUGUGGCUCCCCUGUCCCUAGGGCUAGAGACAGCAGGAGGGGUGAUGACCACACUAAUCCAGAGGAAUGCCACCAUCCCCACCAAGCAGACCCAAACCUUUACUACCUACUCUGACAACCAGCCUGGGGUUCUAAUCCAGGUGUACGAGGGUGAGAGGGUCAUGACCAGGGACAACAACCUGCUGGGCUGCUUUGAGCUCGGUGGCAUCCCUCCUGCCCCAUGCGGAGUCCCCCAGAUUGAGGUAACCUUUGAAAUCGAUGCCAAUGGUAUCCUGAGUGUGACAGCCACUGACAGGAGUACAGGCAAGGCUAACAAGAUCACCAUCACCAAUGACAAGGGCCGGCUGGCUAAGGAGGAAGUGGAGAAGAUGGUUCAUGAGGCCGAGCAGUAUAAGGCUGAAGAUGAGGCCCAGAGGGACAGGGUGGCUGCCAAAAACUCCCUGGAGGCUUAUGUCUUCCAUGUAAAGGGCUCCUUGCAAGAGGAAAGACUUAGAGACAAGAUUCCUGAAGAGGACAGCCGAAAAGUGCAAGAUAAGUGUCAAGAAGUCCUCGCCUGGCUGGAUCACAACCAGUUGGCAGAAAAAGAGGAGUAUGAGCAUCAGAAGAGUGAGCUGGAGCAAAUGUGUUGCCCCAUCUUCUCCAGGCUCUACCGGCAGCCUGAUGUUCCUGGGGGCAGCAGUUGUGGAGCUCAAGCCCGCCAGGGGAGGCCCAAUACCGGCCCCAUCAUUGAGGAGGUUGACUGAAUGACAACUCAUGAUAAGUCUUCUGUGACUUGUCCCUGUAAGGGCUGGGCUUAUUGGACUUUUAGACUGUCUACCCUAAUCCUGCAUGGGUUGGGAUAGGUGUCUUGCUCCCAAAACUUCGAACUUUCUUCUUACUGUAUUUUG